UUGCCGCUGCUUGUUGCCGUUUCCCUGGGAGCCAGCAUGGACGCACACCAGCUGCAGGUCCUGCGCUACUGCCUCCCUCAGAGUGUGAGCGACUCCGGGCUGUUCUACCGCCAGGCCGCCGCUGCCAGUGAGCAGAGCAUCUGCCAGGCGCGGGCCUCUGUGAUGGUCUAUGAUGACGCCAGUAAGAAGUGGGUGCCCAUCAAGCCCGGGCAGCAGGGCUUCAGCCGCAUCAACAUCUACCACAACACUGCCAACAACACCUUCCGAGUGGUGGGCGUCAAACUGCAGGACCAGCAGGUGGUGAUCAACUACUCUAUAGUGAAGGGCCUGAAGUACAACCAGGCCACCCCGACCUUCCAUCAGUGGCGUGAUGCCCGACAGGUCUAUGGGCUGAACUUUGCCAGUAAAGAGGAGGCCACCACUUUCUCCAACGCCAUGCUCUUCGCUCUGAAUGUCCUCAGCUCCCCUGACAGCGGAGGUCCAGUUGUGCAACGCCAAAAUGGGCCCUCCUCAGAGGAAAGCGAAGCGCAGAGGAGGAUGAUGGAGCAUCAGAUGCAGGCGCACAAGGAGAGGGAACGGCGGACAUCAGGAUCAGUCGUGUCCACUCUCCAAUAUAAAGUCUCCACUCCUCCCACCCACCCAGACACUCCUCCUGAGUACAGACAGUACAGGGCUAGCACAUUGCCGCCAUCCUAUGUCCGCGUGGCCUCCGCCUCUCCUCCCUCCUCCACCUCCAUCUCUCCUUCUCAGGAGAGAGAGGCGGGGGCUGCUCGGGACAAGGCCCAGCUCUCCUCCCAGCUCUCCACCUCGCUUGCCUCAGCUUUCUCCCCCGUGCAGACUGGGGUGAACACCCAGGGCCGACAAGCCCGUCAGAUCCCCCUGUCUCCUCCCACCGCCGCCCGCCACCUCCAGCAGCAGCAGCAGCAGGACAUGAUGCUCCCCCCUAAACACGGCACCUGGUCCGCCUCCCACAUGCAGCAAAUGUACGCCCAGUGCCCCCCUUCCUCAUCCCCUCCCGUAAUGAUGGCCAUGCCGGUCAAGCAGAGUUUGCCCCCACAGCCGGUGCUCCCAGUAGCUCAUCCCCUCCCUCCCGUAAGCACGAGGAUGAAACCCCCUCCCCUUGAUCCUAGCGCUGUGACGGGCCCCCACCAGUACCCCCAGCAUCACCCUCACUCCAACGGCCAGCCGGAUGAUUCCUACUCCCCUCAUUCUCAGCGUCUUCCCCUCACGCCACAGUACUGCGAGGCCAUCCCUUUGCCUCCUCUGGUAGGUCAGACAGCCCCCGGCCCUGCCCCCGGCCACCAGCCCCAAUACCAGUCCACCUUCCACCCUCAGCAGCUUCAGCAGCAUCACCAGCCGCAGCCGCAGGCGUACCACCAGCAGGCCCAGACCCCCACCACAUCUUCCUCCUCCUCCUCGCCCCCUUCUUACACUGCCAUGUCUGAUGGGGGCUCGCCCAAGAAGACCCCCUCCCCUGUCCCCCAGCCGCCCCCCAUGGCCAACAGCAGUAAGUAUGAGGAGGAGAGAAGGAGGAGGGAAAACAGGAAAUGGGCAAAUGCGGCCAUUGACCCAGCUGUAAUUGUGCCCCUCCCAGGCCCCCCUGUCUCUGCAGGGCACCCAUCUGUGCUUUCUGUUGCACCUCCUCCAGCUGCAGCUCCAGCACCCAUGGCUGGUCCUCCGGCUCCACCGCCGCCUCCGGGCCCGCCCCCGCCGAUGGCCGUGCCCCCACCCAUGCCCCCGCCACUCCCCAUCGGCGGAGGGCCACCCGGGGGCCCUCCUGGGAUCCAGCACCAACCCUCAGGGCUGGCUGCAGCACUGGCCGGAGCCAAACUACGGAAAGUAAACAGGGAUGAGAGCAGUCCGCCUGGGUCUGGUGGGAAAAGCGACUCCAACCGGUCCAGUGGUGGCAGCGGUGGCGGAGGAGAGGGACUCAUGCAGGAAAUGAAUGCCUUACUAGCUCGCAGACGAAAAGCUUCAGAGAAACCUGAUGAGGUAAGUCUUGUCUUUAAAGUUGGGACAGUAGAACAGUUUAAUUUUAUAUUCGAGAUUUUUUUUUAUGAGAAGAUCAAUACUGAUCAUGUUUAUGUGGAUGUGAAGUUCUAG